CACCCCCACCACUCCGGCACGGCUCGGGAUUUGUUUAAACCUUGGGAAACUGGUUCAGGUCCAGGUUUUGCUUUGAUCCUUUUCAAAAACUGGAGACGCAGAAGAGGGCUCUAGGAAAAAGUCCUGGACGGGAUGAUGUGGAAAGGAGCCUGCGGUUCCCCGCGGCCAGAGCAGGCUCGGCGCUCCCCCCGCGGCGCAGCCUUCCCCUGGCGGUGGUGAGAGGGACUCCGGAGUCGCCGCUUCCCCAGGGCCCGCCGCGCGCGAGCUCUCGCCCCGCUCGGCCAAAUGCUCCUGCUCGGGCUUCUCCUGCUGACAUCCGCCCUGGCCGGCCCCAGACUCGGGACUCGGGCUGAGUCCAGCCUGAGCAGCAAACUGCAGCACUCGAGCGACAAGGAGCAGAACGGAGUACAAGAUCCCCAGCAUGAGAGAAUUAUUACUGUGUCUACUAAUGGAAGUAUUCACAGCCCAAGAUUUCCUCAUACUUACCCAAGAAAUAUGGUCUUGGUAUGGAGAUUGGUAGCAGCAGAGGAAAAUGUAUGGAUACAACUUACGUUUGAUGAAAGAUUUGGGCUUGAAGACCCAGAAGACGACAUAUGCAAGUAUGAUUUUGUAGAGGUUGAAGAACCCAGUGAUGGAACUAUAUUAGGGCGCUGGUGUGGUUCUGGUUCUGUGCCAGGAAAACAAAUUUCUAAAGGAAAUCAAAUCAGGAUAAGAUUUGUAUCUGAUGAAUAUUUUCCUUCUGAACCGGGGUUCUGCAUCCACUACAACAUCGUCAUGCCACAAUUCACAGAGACUGUGAGCCCUUCUGUGUUACCCCCGUCAGCUUUGCCACUGGAUCUCCUUAAUAACGCUGUCACUGCCUUUAGUACUUUGGAAGAUCUUAUUCGGUAUCUUGAACCAGACAGAUGGCAGUUGGACUUGGAAGAUCUAUAUAGGCCAACUUGGCAACUUCUUGGCAAGGCUUUUGUUUUUGGAAGAAAAUCCAGAGUGGUGGACCUGAACCUUCUAAAAGAGGAGGUAAGACUAUACAGCUGCACACCUCGUAACUUCUCGGUGUCCAUAAGGGAAGAACUAAAGAGAACCGAUACCAUUUUCUGGCCAGGUUGUCUCCUGGUUAAACGCUGUGGUGGGAACUGUGCCUGCUGUCUGCACAACUGCAAUGAGUGUCAAUGUGUCCCAAGCAAAGUCACUAAAAAAUACCAUGAGGUCCUUCAGUUGAGACCAAAGAGUGGUGUCCGGGGAUUGCAUAAAUCUCUCACGGACGUGGCCUUGGAGCACCACGAGGAGUGUGACUGCGUGUGCAGAGGACACACGGGAGGAUAACCACAUCGGCACGCGCAGCCUCUCCCAGCGCAGCGCGGCUCCGUGGCUGACCUGUUCUAGAACUUGCGCAUUAUCUCCAUCCAUAAUCUCAGUUGUUUGCUUCAGGGACCUUUCAUCUUCAGGAUUUUACAGUGAGUGUUCUAAGAGAGGAGACACCAGACGGAAUUAGAAGUGGUGCAACAGCUCUCUCUUGAGAGGAGGCCCAGAUGACAGGAGAAAAGGUUUGGGGUUGCAAGGGGAGAAACAGAACAAAACAACAGAGAACUGUUGUCCAUCGCUAGCCAGUGGCAGAGUUAGCAUGUCCUUCCUCCGCUCGCUGGGCUGUGGACUCCAGCUGUCUGCAUACGGCGUAGGCUAAAGUCAGUCCAGGAAAGAACUGUGUGCAAAUGAGCACCUGAUUCUGUUGCCUUGCUUAACUCUAAAGCUGCGUGUUCUGGGCUCGCGAUCGCAGAAAUCUGGAAUUGUUUCCUUAUAUUCACAUAUAUAAGCCAGAGUGUUCUAUGUUCUACAGACUUGGUUCUUACGAAGGAACGAUGUUUCUAUGAAUCAAACUUGUCUCGUGCUGAUAGGAAAGACUGGAUUUUUCCAUGUUUCUUACUAAAAUUUCUACCAUUUAGAAGAAGAGAACUACAGUCAUGGUUUGGAAGAGACAAACCUACAAAAGAAGAGUGGCCUUAUCUUCACUUUAUCUAUAAGUUGGUUUAUUUGUUUUAUUGUGUACAUUUUUAUAUUCUCCUUUUGACAUUAUAACUGUUUGCUUUUCUAAUCUUGUUAAAUAUAUCUAUUUUUACCAAAGGUAUUUAAUAUUCUUUUUUUAUGACAACCUAGAUCAACUAUUUUUAGCGUGGUAAAUUUUUCUAAACAGAAUUGUUAUAGCCAGAGGAACAAAGAUGAUAUGAAAUAUUGUUGCUCUGACAAAAAAUACAUGUAUUUCGUUCUCAUACGGUGCUAGAGCUUAGAGUAAUCUGCAUUUUAAAAUACUGAAGUGGGAAAUCAGUAGGAUUUGGUAAGUCGCGAAGACUUUUUGAAAAUAAGUGAUAUCUUUCCCCCCUGUUAUUGGAGAUGCAAAUAAAAAGCAACAUGGGAACGUAGGCAUUCAGAUCCGGCCGUGACUAAACCCUAGCCCUUCUUUUGGGGAGUGUGAGCCUAGCUCAGAAGAAAAAAGCACCUUGUGAAAAGACUGGACAGCUUCCUGACAAAGCGCGCUCUGCUGUCCUGUAGGAACACAUCCUAUUUAUUGUGAUGUUCUGGUUUCUUAUCUUUAAACUCUGUUCCAUACCCUUGUAUAAAUACAUGGAUAUUUUUAUGUACAGAAGUAUAUCCUUUAACCAAUUCACUUAUUGUACUCCUUGGCAAUUGAAAUGAAAAUCAGUAAAAUACUUUGCUUGUACAAUGCUUAAUAUUGUGCCUAGGUUAUGUGGUGACUAUUUGAAUUAAAAAUGUAUUGAAUCACCAAAUAAAAAAAAAUGUGGCUAUUUUGGGGAGAAA